UUGACCCUAAUCGUAAACUUCCGACGGCCAAAGGUUUUAGGACUGUUCAUCACGUAAGACCUGUUAUCUUAAGAGCUGGAUUACAUAACAACGUGUUGCAACAAAUGAUUAACAAACUUAUACAGUUCAUCACUCGACGCCAUAACAUUAAGAUUGAAAAGAUGACUGGACGAUUGCUGCUGGCUUUUGACUUUGACCACACAAUGGUUGAAGAGAACAGUGACCUAUGGGUGAAACGGCUGGCCCCAGGGGGAGAACUUCCCCAGGAGAUUGAGGACAAAUACAGUAAUGAUGGCUGGACAGAUUACAUGGCCACCAUCUUUGAGUUCCUCCACGGCACUGGUAUAAGACAGCCUGACUUCAAACAAUGUCUCGCAGAGAUCCCACUGACUGUUGGGUUUAAACAUCUACUCGAGCAUGUUCAUAAACAGGGACAUGAAUGCAUCAUCAUUUCAGACUCCAACUCCACCUUUAUAAGAUAUCUCUUAGAACAAAACAAUCUGGAAAAUAUGAUUUCUAAAGUGUACACUAACCCAGCGAAGUUUGAUGAGGAGGGCUGCCUUAGAAUUGACUUUUACCACCACCAGGACUGGUGUGACCUCAGCACUGUGAACUUGUGUAAGGGUCACAUCCUCACCGAACACAUCAGGGAACAGGCUGAACAAGGACGUACCUACAGUCAUGUGCUGUACGUCGGGGACGGCUCCAAUGACCUCUGUCCCUCCCUGACCUUGUCAGACAAGGAUUAUGCCUGCCCAAGGGUUAAUCUUAGUAUGUGGAAGAAGAUUAAUGCCAUUCUCGCUGGUGACGACAAUUAUAAACAGUACAGUCUGAAAGCUAAUGUACUGGAAUGGGAAUCUGGAGCAGACAUUUUGAAACUAGUCAAAGAACUGGAAUCUGGAAAGUCAUGAUCAUGAUUUUUCUGUUCUCUUGUUUUUGACCUUUAAUUAUGACAGACAAAAUGACUGUUUCCAUGAUCACGAGUCUGAUAUUAUACAGAAUUAAACAAGAAUACAAAAAUACCUGUCCAAUUUAAUUAGAAUUUGAUCUUAAUAUACAUGUCCAACAUGAUUAUAGGCAUAAGCUGAUCUAAAUGCACCCGUAUUAUAUGAUAAAAAGCAGACCUUUCAAUGACAUAUUUAACACUCAGCUGUGGUAUCAUGUGACCUGUAACUACAAUACCUAGGCAGCUAGGGCUCAGCUAGUGCACAUGUCAAAGAUGCAGAAUUUCAUUGAUAUUUUACACUUGAGUGAUUAAGAACUAAACGGUUAUCUUUUGUCAUUUGUCGGUUACUGUAAAAGUUAAUUUAGACAGCUAUAUUGAUGAAUUUAACAUAUAUUUUACACAAGAUUGCAUUCUUCAGGAAUAAUUGGUGAAAAUACUAAUAAUGUUAAUACCUUUGCUUUAUUCAUACAUGUAUUUUGGUUUGAUUGAUGUAAGAAACAUUAAUAAUAUGAAACGUGGUGCUCUGUAGCAAUCAUAGUGAGGUAUGCUACAUGAAUUGUAACCAGGGUGUCAUGACUUGUAUACUGAGCAAGGGAUAUCAAUGAUGACAAUUAUUAUUAUUUCUCCUUGUUGCAAUGUUAAUCAAAUUCAGAUCUUCACAUUGCUCCUGUUAAGUGUUAUGCCAAGUACGUGACAUAUUAGUAAAAUAAAAUCUAUGCAUCGCUCCCAUUUACUGAUAUGUCACCGUCUCACGUACAUGGCAUAUCCCUAAAUGGGAGCUAUGCAUAGAUUUAACCCCGGUACUAAGAUUGUCCUUGUUGAAUUAUAUACAUCUGUAAUUUACUGAAUAUCUAGUCGAACAUCCAGAACAUCUACCACAAUGAAGGCCUAUUGUAAUAUAGAAUUUAUAUACAUCUACUGCAAAGAUAACGCAAAGCGUGACAUUAUCCCCCACGCCCCGCUGCUUAAAAGAAAGACACACAAUCAUAUUUAAAUAUAUAUUUGUUAAUAUUACAAUAACUGAAGUAUUAACUCCAUUCCACCACUCAGUUACUGAUAUUUUGAUGUAGAUCAAAAAAGGCUUGAUAAGAGCACUAGCUUCAUAAGUGUACAAAACUUCCUGUAUACAUCUUGAAUGCAAACGGCUCCAAUAGAGUGCUAGGUUGAUAAGUGUACAAGUUAAAUUUCAAUUUGUUAUUUUUAAUAGUUUUAAGAUCAUGCUAAUCAGAAACCUCAAAUUUCAUAUUAUUGCCUUUUUCCAUGGCAACAGAAAAAAAAAAUCCAAAAUAAGAACUCCUCCAGUAGCAAAAUGCACCAAGAGAGUGCUAGCUUGUACAAAGUGGACAAAGUUUCAGGAACAUGUAGUUCUAUCUUGAAAGGUUUUGACAUUUUACUCUGGAAGCAGCAACAUUUGUAGUUUUGCCUAUCUUUUUCCAUGGCAACAUUUUAAAAAAAAAUGAGAACUCCUCCAUAGCAAAAGUCACUACCAGAAUGCUAGCUUGAUAGUUAUACAAAGUUUCAGAUAGUUAUCAUUGGAGUCAUAAUCCAUUCAACUGAAAUUUGUAAUUUGGCCUAUCUGUUACCAUGGUAACAGAAAAAGUAUUCAAAUGGGGAACUUCUCCAUAGCAAAAGGUACUACUAGAGUACUAGCUUGACAACUGUACAAAAUUUUGAGUAGUUACCUUGAACGGUUUCAGGGUCCUUUCGGAAAAAACAUAUGCACGGAGUCGCACAGACACCGACACAUUUCUUAAGCUAUAAUGAUUGGGUUUACCAAACAACUGUUGUUGUACAUUUUACAUGGGUAUCAAUAUCUGACAUGUGUUAACUAAUUAUUAAGGUAAUUAUGGCCCUUUGCAUACUUCAUGCAAGCAUUAACAACUUGUUUAGACAGAUGUUUUUCCGUCUGAUUUCCUUCAAAUUUGCUAAGAUUCAAUAUUGUUAUUAUAGUAGCUGUAUAUCUGGAUAUCAAUACCUUACAGGACCUUUUUACAUGUAGACAUACGCGCAACGGGAGAUCAGGGAUAUACACUAAUCCCGUAGCUGGAGUGCGCAAUGGGCGAUCAGGGAUAUACACUAAUCCCGUAGCUUGAGUGCGCAAUGGGAGAUCAGGGAUAGACACCAAUCCUGUAGCUGGAGUGCGCAAUGGGGGAUCAGGGAUAUACACUAACCCCGUAGCUGGAGGGCGCAAUGUGAUAUCAGGGAUAUACACUAAUCCUGUAGCUGGAGGGCGCAAUGGGAGAUCAGGGA